UCCCAUAUUUCCUGGUGUCAAUUCACCUCACUUCAUCGCUGCGAGACAAUGAAGAAAACACACACCCUGCUCAAUCUGCUUCUGAUGCUAGUGUACCUAGCAGGUAAUAUGAUUUAAAAAUAUAUGACAACAUUGUUUUAUGAUAAUAUUUUGUGAACAUUUAUCUUUGAGGAUGCCGAAGUCGGUUUGAUAUCAGUCAGUAGGUCUGGACACUUCCUGUUAAGCUCUAUAACUAUGUAUACUUUCAAUGUCUACAGAGGUCCAGCUUUUGUUUGGGUGAAAAGAGUGUUACAUUAUAAUGUGUUGAUGAUAGACUGUGGAUGUUUUGAUGAACUUCCAGGAUCGGCUUUGACCACUGAUGGGAGGAAUGGCAGUACCAGUAAGUAAACCACAGAACAUACUAGCCAAGCCAAAUGAUUACAUGAUGGACCACAUCUCUACAUUGUUGGGCGUGAUGGGUACUCUGAAUAAUGACUGUGGUAGUAGGGUAGUGCUAUCAGCUAUCAGUUAACUACAGAAGUGAAGGCCUUUUAUUGGAUUAUCGUUGUAGUCAUUUAUCACUGUUACAAGAAUACAUUUACACCCUGUAUCCAAAGAAAUCCUUCAUUCUAAAACCGGUAGGCCUACAUUGCCUGAUUGUGCACUGUAAUUUUCAGAUGGUCCUUUGGAACUAAACAUUGUGGGGCCUGACUUUGUUAAAGUGGGCGUGCCACGCAGUUUUGACUGUGCUGCCCAGUGCUCACCCUCCUGUAGCUACAGAAUGAGUAUCGACGGGCAGAUUUGGCAGGGCAACGAGCUGUUGUUCACAGCUCACCAAUGGGAGGAGUCCCUAACCCUUACAUGCACUGCAAGGAAUGAUGACUCUGGGAGGUCCUCAACAGUAACAAAGAUACUGCAGGUUUUAGGUGCGUGGAUGGUUUGUUGGUUUUUAUGCCAAUUCACCUGAAAUUAGAGGUGCAUGGUCUUUAUGAUAUUAGGAAUGGAGUGAUAAUUCAAUGUAAUUUACUGACAAGAUGUCUGGAUUACUGGAUUAGUGUUAGAUGAAAUAAUUUUGUUCAUGUUUUUCACAUUUGUAAUAGGAUCUAGACCAGGGUUUCCCAAACUCGGUCCUGGGGACCCCAAGGGAUGCACGUUUUGUUUUUUUCCCUAGCGCUACACAGCUGAUUCAAAUAAUCAAAGCUUAAUGAUGAGUUGAUUAUUUGAAUCAGCUGUGUUGUGCUAGGGCAGAAACCAAAACGUGCACCCCUUGGGGUCCCCAGGGCCGAGUUUGGGAAACACUGAUCUAGACUAUUGUCUAAAUGUGUAUGUGUUCCUCCUUUUAGCUGGACCAACCAACGUAUCGAUCACAGGCCCUGCCCUGAUGAUCCCAGGGGCCCCACAAAGCUUCAAGUGUUACGCCGACUGCCGUCCCUCCUGUAACUACACCUGGGGGAUAAAGGGCCGAUGGCUCGGAGGACAGGGGAACGAGAUUACCGUAAUUCCCGAAGAGUUGGCCACCUCUGUUACCCUGAACUGCAAGGCCAUCAACAGUGUGUCUGGGUUCUAUGCCAUGGCAACAAGGACAAUACCUGUGACAUGUAGGUUAUUGGGAGAUUUAACGCUUCCUCUAACAAUUGUAGAUUCCCCCUUGCUGUUAGUGUAAUGCAAUUGUCCAUAUCCACAUCAAUAGCUUCAUCUAUCAAUAUACAUAUGCUCCUUUAUAUAGUAUAUAGUCUAUAUUUGAUGAUUCAAGAGUGAUGUUGGGGUUUUGGUUGAAGUGAUACUUGAACCAGUUUCUUCCUUUACUUUUUGUCUCCUAUCAGCUGGUCCAUCAGAGGUCCACAUCAAAGGCCCAGACUCUGUUGCAGUCGGUUUCAAGUCCAUGUUUAAGUGCUCUGCCAAAUGCACUCCCAUAUGUGACUACCGCUGGACCAUUGAUGGUCACACUGUCCAUGGCAGUGAGAUGGAGAUGACGGUCGAGCAACAUGUGAAGUCAGAGAAGAUUAUGUGCCACGCUCAGAAUACUGUCUCAACUCAUUUUGAGGUGGUCACCAAGACCGUAUGGGUGGAAGGUACAGCAGAAAUCUCAUGAUUAUACAUUUUAGCAACUACCUUAAUUUGAGGAAAGACUACAUCUUUACCUGACGUAUAUGGUCUUUAUGAUGCUGUCAUAAACAUUAUCUGACCUAAUAUCUUGUUUUUCUUGUGUUCCUUUUGGAAUGUUUUUGUGCGUGUUACAGACAAUGACAAAAAAAAGAUCCUCUCAAAAAAAGAUGCUUGCCAAGCUGUGUCCAGUUUGUGUUUGUACAAACAAACCAUCUCUGGGAGGAAGUGUCAGCAUUGCACAGCAGCUGAAACCUGGUCCCGAUUGAGUCCAAACACUCCUUGCUGACAACAACACCAGGCUCCAGAGCAUUAAAGCUGUAAAACAGGAAAAUAAACCGAAAGUAGACAAGACAUUAAAACCUUGCAUACCAGCUACAGUGCCUUCAGAAAGUAUUCACACCCCUU